AUCCCAAAUAAACUUUCAAGCGGGAAAUUGAUUCUAGAUAAAAGGACAAAUAAAAUGCCGUUUAUUUACUGUUAUCUUUUUACAUUGUUAUACUUGUUGGCAGAUCAUGUCUAUGUCAGGCAUCAAGGUCGAUGACGAGAGUCUCAAGCUAUCUUAGACCAUGAAAAGCAUGAAAACUCACAAAUAUGCAAUUUUCAAAAUAUGUGACGAGGCAAAUAUGGUGGUCAUUGACCAAACAUUCAAGAGUGUCGUCACAAACACGAGAGAGGAGGACCGCGCAAUUUUUUACCAAAUGGUAGAAAAGCUGAGUGAUAGAGAGCCACGGUACAUCCUCUAUGACAUGAAAUUCCCCCGCAAAGAGGAGAAGCGAAUAUUCAAUAACCUUGUGUUCAUAUCUUGGUGUUCCGACAAAGCACCAAUCGAAAAGAAAAUGAAAUUAGCUUCAACACAGGAUUAUGUCCGAAAAAAAUUUUCAGAGGCAACAACAUCUGUCAAUGCGAAUGAUUUUGACGAUUUGGAUUAUGACGAGAUUGCUGCUAAGGCUGAAAAGACCUCCAAUUAAUAGACAUUUAUAGGACCCUAUGGACACCGUUUAUUUUAAAGCCUUAAUUGUUUCUAGUGUUUUUUUUCCUUUUAUACAUACCACCCUUGUUGUAAUGUCUUUUAGGAGAUACAAAAAAGCUGUAGAAAGACAAGUUUUUUAUAGUUGCUUUAUUAACUUCAAUAAAUGAUAACUUCAAUGAA